AUGUCUCUGCUUAAGGAUAUGACUGCAACAAGGACUCUCACCAAAGUCAAGUAAGUACAUGUUUAAAGUAGUAUUGUUGUCUGAGCCAUUUAGACUAUGAUAAUGGGCUGUGAUUAGGACCAUCUAGUGGUCUGAUUGUAGAACUACAUCCUGUGAUCUCUGUGAAAUCUGCACUGACUUGUUUCUUGGUCACACUGGUUCUGACGUCACUCUGAAGUUAUGAGGAUGUGACAACGUCCUCAGAUCAAACGCUCACAGACACCAGGACUGACGAGGGACAAACGAGCAGCUUCUUCUCUCCACACAUGAAGGUGGAAAGUGUCUGUAAGCUGACCUGA